AUGACUGAACUCAAGGAAGAUGAUAAUGUUAUGAUGUCCCAGGCUGAGGACAGCGACGUAACUUCAAGCUUUAUGGAAAACAAUAAUAUCGCUUCGUCCGAAAAUAAACAAGCCCAGUCUGUUAAUAAACAGAAAGAAGUUGAAGAUGAACUCCAAGAAAAAGGUAUUAAGAAAAAGAAAGAGGCAAGUGGAAGCAUAAAUUUCUGUGAAGAAGGGAAACAGAAAUUUUGGGACGAAAUAAGAAAGCAAGUUGAAUGUGGUGAAAACAAAGAAGAUCGUUGGAAGAAAACAAUUCUUUGGCGUGCUUUUCAGUUUAGUCCAGUAGAUCAAAAAUUAGUUAAAUAUUUAGUUGACCAUGGAGCAAGCAUUUAUUCCCAGAACGAAGAUGGUGAAACAGUUUUGUCGAUAGCGACAAGAAAUGGUUUAUUUGAUCUUGUUAAGUAUUUUGUUCAAUAUGGCCCGGAACAUAAUUUUCAAGACGAUUUUAAAGUUCUUCAGAGUGCAAUACAGUCUCGGUCAUUAGAAAUUGUGAAAUAUUUCGUUGAAGAUUGUGGGGCUGAUAUACAUGGUAAAGAUGAUUCGGGAAAUAGUGCCUUACAUCAUGCUGUUUAUUUUGGUGGAACAGAAAUUGUCAAGUACUUAGUUAAACAAUGUGGUGCAGACAUGAAUGCUAGGACUCCAGACGGGGGGACAAUGCUACAACUUGCUGUUACAGAAGAAGUUGUAAAAUAUCUUGUUGAAAAUGGCGCUGUAGUAAACGGCAAGGAUACUACAGACGGCUGGACAGUACUGCACUAUGCUGUGUCCUACAGUUCAUUAGAUAUGGUUAAAUAUCUUGUUGAACUGGGGGCAGAUGUAAAUGGCAAAAAGACCGAUGGGUGGACAGUGCUGCAUGAUGCUGUUACAAACGGUACGCUAGAAAAGGUAAAAUAUCUGGUUCAAAUGGGCGCUAAUGUAAAUGGUAAGAGGAAUGGCGGGUGGACGGUGCUUUACGAUGCUAUUUCUAAAGGUACGCUAGAAGUUGUAAAAUAUCUAGUAGAAAUGGGCGCUGAUGUGAAUGCCAAGGAUGCCACUUACGAUUGGACAAUGCUUCACUCUGCUGUUACUGAGGGUACGCCAGCAAUGGUAAAAUAUCUUCUUGAAAUGGGAGCUAAUGUAAAUAGCGAGGAUAGUAAGGGAUGGACGGUGCUGCGCAAUGCGAUUUUCAAAGGCACACUAGAAAUAAUAGAAUAUCUUGUUGAACAUGGUGCUGAUGCUAAUGAAAAAACUGAAAUGAAAUCAGUUCUGCACUGUGCACUGUGUGUUACUCAAGAUACUUUAGAAAUAGUAAACUGCCCUGUUGAGACGGGCGCUGACGUCACUUGUAAGAAGACUAACGGGGAAACAAUGUUACACACUGCUUUUUCUAAAGGCAGGACAGAUAUAGUAAAAAAUCUUGUUAAGAAAGGCGCUAAGGUAAAUGACAAGAAUACUUACGGGAAGACAGUGCUGCAUUCUGCUGUUACUGAAAGCAACUUAGAAAUGGUGAAAUAUCUUGUGGGAAAUGGCGCUGAUGUAAAUGUCAAGAAUACUCACGGAAGGACAGUGUUGCACAGUGUUGUUGUAAAAGGUUUGUUAGAAAUGGUAGAAUAUCUUGUCGAGAAUGGCGCUGAUGUAAAUCCCGAGAAUAUUCACGGGGAGACAGUCCUGCAGUCUGCGGUUUCUAGAGGUACUAUAGAAAUGGUGAAAUAUCUUGCGGGAAAUGGAGCUGAUGUUAAUGCAAAAAAGGAUAACGGUGCUGAUGUAAAUGCCAAGAAUACUCGCGGGGAGACAGCGCUGCACUCUGCUGUUUCUGAAGGUACGCUGGAAAUGGUAAAAUAUCUUGUGGGAAAUGGCGCUGAUGUAAAUGGAAAAAAGAAUAGCGGAUGGACAGUGUUGCACAGUGCUGUUGUAAAAGGUUCGCUAGAAAUGGUAGAAUAUCUUGUCGAGAAGGGCGCUGAUGUAAAUGCCAAGAAUACUCACCGGGAAACACGUUGGAGUCGAGGGCCAUGA